CACCCUACAAUUUUGAGAUGAAAAAAAAAAAAAAAAAAAAAUGACAUGUCAAAAAACAUUAUAUAUCAAAUAAUUUAAUAAGAAAUGUACUGUUUUAAAGCGUUAAAUGUGUGCCGGAGACCGUAAGCCCCUGUCAAAAACCACUUAAAUGUGACCAAAUAUAAUAUAUUGCCAUUCGUUGAAUGAUAACAUACGAUAACGUCACUGAGAGAGAAGCCACUCCUCCCUGUGGGCGCCGGUCAAGUGGAAGUCUAUGGAAGCCAAAAAAAGGGGCAGGAACAUUUGAGCAAGGACAGUUCUCAUUGGCGGAUGACAGUUCGAGCCAUGGGCGCACGUACCUUGCGCCCACAGCCAAUGAAAGGGUUUCUAACAGGACUGUCCAAUCAGAGACCUUUUGUGAUUCCCUCACAUCACAUAUCUAAAGGUGCAGCAUAGUUAGCACUUAGCAGAUACUUGUUUUAAUCUGAGAGUAUGGCGAAUGAAAACUCUAUUGUAGCUAUUCACAGAACACCAUUCAAUCGACGAUCGGAUGUCGAUAAAAAGAAACUAAAAGAAAUGGGACCUGACCGUCCGGAUUUAAAACUUGAACAGAUAAGCACUGACCGCGGAAGAACCUACAAGCGGAGCUUCUCCUCCAGCCUUUAUGCUAAUCGGAGCUGGUUAGCGGGCUGUGCAGUGAGUAAUGCGUUUUUUUGUUUCCCCUGCUUGUUGUUCCAAUGUACUGGGACUGAAAUACUCUGGACUACAACGGGGAUGAGGGAUCUAAAGCACUUCACCCAGAAAUGCAAGAAACACGAAUCGUCUCGCUGCCAUCUCACUAACAGCAUGAAGCUAAGUCUCUUUGGGAGACUGAGUAUAGCGGAACAGCUCGACGAAGGGUACCGAAUUGGCAUCCGUAAACACAAUGAGGAAGUAAGGAAGAACAGGCACAUUCUCUCAAGAAUUAUAGACUGUAUUAAGUUCUGUGGUGCAUUUGAGUUGGCACUGCGUGGUCAUGAUGAGAGCGAGAGCUCUGAUAACCCAGGGAUAUUUCGUGGCUUGGUGGACGUUGUUGCCUCACUCGACGGUGCACUGAAAGACCAUCUCGACAGCGCGACUGUGUUCAAGGGAACAUCCAAAACGGUCCAGAAUGAACUUCUUGACUGUAUGCUGGCUGUUGUUAGGGAAAAGAUCAUAAGCGAGAUUCAAAGCAGCGAUUUUCUAUCGAUCCAAGCAGAUGAGACCACGGAUAUUAGCACACAAACCCAGCUUGUGCUUGUGCUUCGCUACUUAAAUGGUGCUAACCUGGAGGAAAGAUUCUUUGAGUUCAUCCCUCUGCAGUCAGCUACAGCAGCGACCAUUGCCAUGGCAUUAAAAGAACGCCUUGCUGCCAUCCUCCCAGGUGAGCAGAAAGUUAAACUCAUCUGCCAGGCAUAUGACGGUGCCAGUGUAAUGAGGGGUACCUCUUCAAGUGUUCAGAAGAGAAUCCAGGACGACUACCCAACUGCCCACUAUAUCCACUGCUAUGCCCAUCAGCUCAAUCUUAUAAUGCAACAGGCCACCUCUCACAUUGUUAAAGUCAAGAACUUUUUUUCUGACUUGGGUGGAUUAGCUGCGUUCUUUUCAAGAUCCCCGAAGCGGACCGUUGUCCUUGAUAAAACAGUGGCCCGUAGACUGCCAACGGCCAGCAAUGUGAGGUGGAACUUUCACAGCCGUGCCGUCAAUACUGUGUUUGAGCACAGAGAUGACCUCAUUGACUGCUUUGAAAGAAUUCGAGCAUCAGAUGGCAUUGAUGACAAGACCAGCCACGAAGCAGGAGGCCACAUCAGGCUACUGGAGGAUCCUGAUUUCAACUUCUUCCUUAAACUGUUUCAUCGGAUAAUGCCACACGUGGACGUUCUCUAUGCCAAGCUCCAGAACAGAAACAUAGAUUCAGUCUAUAUAAAUCGCUGCAUCCAGCAGUUCCAAGAGGACAUACAAAAAAUCAGAGAUUCAGUCCAUGCAAUGGUGGUGGAGCACAGGAGUGGCUCUGAGCAGCCGAGGAAGCGCCGGGCUAUCGAUCAAGAUGAGCUUAAAAGGAUUGCCACAGAGGUAUGCGACACCAUACUUGGACACACCAAGGAACGCUUUGCCUUCAAGGACCACCUCAUCAGUGCCACCUUACUGGACAGCCCCCAGUUUGACCACUACCUCGAUGCAUUCCCUGAAGUUGCUCUGGCCACAACAUUGAAGGCCUAUCCUGUGCUCGAUGGAAGUAGGCUGAAGACAGAGCUUACCCUCAUCUAUGGCUCAGAAGAAUUCCGAACCUGUCGUGGUGCUGUGGAUCUUUACCAGUUGUUCAAAGACAAUAACCUUUCUGAGGUAUUUUCAGAGACAGAAACACUGCUUAAAAUCAUCAUCACAACUCCCAUGGCCACUGCUGAGGCUGAGAGGUGUUUUUCAACACUGAAAAGGGUUAAAACCUUUCUCAGGAACACAAUGACUCAGGACAGACUGAAUGCCUUAGCCAUGCUCUCAAUGGAAAAAAGGCUUGUCACAGACAUGAUUGACUUUAACCAGAAGGUGAUAGAGAGAUUUGCCAGCUUGAAAGAGAGGAGGGCUAAGUUUCUUUACAAGUAGUAGGGCCUACUCUUGACAAACAACAAAUGUAAAAUGUUAUGUCUCUUCUGCUCUAAACCUCUUUCGUGUGAGGGUGUGGGCACCUUUUUUAUUCUGUUCAUCUCUGAAACCCUACCCAAUGUCUCUUACCUAUGUCCCUACCAUUCUGCUCUGAACUGUCAUGCCCAAAGUAACAGGUUAUUGUUAUUGUUGUUGGAUACUAGUGUUGAGCACUGUAUGUUAUUGAAAUAAAGCUAUGUUUUUUUUAA